UUCUUGAUCAAGACCUCGUCCCUGAUCUCGAAUCUUCUUUGCUUUCUUUGCUCUCAGAGAUGCAUUUUGCCAUCUCAGUCGUCUCAGCCCUUCAAGUGCUCCAUGUCCUUCUGAUGCCCAGCUCUGCGGUGACGGCUCAGCCUGAACCGGAGGAGGGGUGCCUGCUACAAAGCCCAGGGCAGCUGGCCUUGAAAGCAGAGCAAGUAGUGCCCGCUGGGCGUAUCAAUGACCUCCAAACCUUUGCUCCGGGGAAGUUGGUUGCUCCUGUACAAGCCAGACAGGCAGGGCAACAAACCUCGACCUCGAAGGAUGCCGCAGCUAUUGUUUCCCUUACCCGGCUUUCACCUUCUUGCCGACAAACGGAUUCUGCACUUGCUGCAGGUCAAGGGAGACCCAAGAUCAACCAGGUUCACCAUUAGUGGCAUACCAAUUUAUACGCACAGAUCUCUCUGAAUCUGGAAGGUUGAAAGGGCUAUGUGAAGAAGGUCGAAGGUGCAGAUGUACGACCACGCCCUCCCAACAACCAAACAGCCAAAACGAUUUGGGUGUUUCAGACUGUGGAUACUUUUGCCAGGGGCUGGGCUGGACAAGCUUUAGUCACUACCCUGCAUUCCAGAAUCUUGAGGCGUCCUGCACCUGCUGUGAAGGCGAUGAAGUCACAAACGUCUUGGGUGAUAUACCGAGAGCAAGCUACACCAUUCUAGACCAGCCGGCCACUGCGAUGGGUGACCCGCAUAUCACAACAUUGGAUGGCCAUCAUUACACCCUCAUGCGGCAGGGCAUCUUCUCCUUGUGGCACCUUUCAGGGUUGGAGACUCAAUUCCAUUCAGACAACGGUUUUAUGAAGACAGUCCCAGUCGACUGGCAAGUUUACACUUGGUAUGCUGGACACCAAGCAUUCACGAAGGGACUGCUACUGGUGGACAAGUCCGGUGGAGCCGUCCGACAAAUCAUGGAAAUGACAUCCGAAGACUGCCAGUGGCGAGCCCGCAAAGGGGAUGGAGAAUGGACUAUCGUGAAAGAUGAUGAAGAAAUCUGGGUCCCAGAUGGCCAGGACUACGUGACCGGCUUCCAAGUCACAAAGAAGGGUGCAAAAGGGUACAAACACAUCCAUUUAAAUGUGAACACGAAGAGUGGCAAGACAGAGAAGGUGGUCCUAAGUCUCAGCUGUAGGCCGCACCACAACAUCAACCUCCAGCUGGUGAUGAGACAAAGGCACGACUACCGCUUUGUGGAUGGCGAGUUGAAAGUGGCACGGGGAUCACGGGGAUUCUCCACUCUCCAGACCGAUUCAGAAUUUGCCAUUGAUGCGAAGUGGCAGGAUUUGGGUGGAAGUGAUUCUGCAGCCACUUACCUUGACAUGGACCAGGCUGGUGAUGCUUUUGUGGCCAAGUGCAGCCGAGAGGAGGAAGGCAAGGCCCAAGACGCAUGUUCCAAGCACCUGGGGCACCUGGGAGAUAUCCAGCAUGGAAGUCCUGAUGAGACGUUCUACGAGGACUGCGUCUAUGACGUUUGUCACGGAGCUGGUGAGACUGCUGCAGAACUUGCAGCAGAGCUCCUUGCAUCCACCCGAGCCAUUGAAGGCAUUUAGUAUGCAUUUAUUGGUAUAGUGGUUUCAGCCUUUAUAUAAAGGGGCUGACCCCAGGUGACAGAUCCACCAGUUUUGUCAGCUUGUAGCCACUUACGAAGUGUUAGGAUGCCUGUCGUGCUCUCUUUUGGAUGCUGCGUAGAGACACUCCGCAGAAGGGAAAAACACC